AGUAGCAGCAGCAGUAGUGGUAGUAGCAGCAGCAGCAGCAGCAGUAGUAGUAGUAGUAGUAGCAGCAGCAGCAGCAGCAGUAGUAGUAGUAGUAGCAGUAGCAGCAGUAGCAGUAGUAGUAGUAGUAGUAGCAGCAGCAGCAGCAGCAACAGUAGUAGUAGUAGCAGCAGCAGCAGCAGCAGCAGCAGUAGCAGUAGCAGCAGCAGUAGUAGCAGCAGCAGCAGUAGCAGCAGUAGCAGCAGCAGUAGUAGUAGUAGCAGCAGCAGCAGCAGCAGCAGCAGUAGCAGCAGCAGCAGUAGUAGUAGUAGCAGCAGCAGCAGCAGCAGCAGUAGUAGUAGUAGUAGUAGUAGUAGUAGUAGUAGUAGUAGUAGUAGUAGUAGUAGUAGCAGCAGCAGUAGCAGCAAGAGCAGCAGUAGCAGCAGUAGCAGCAGUAUCAGCAGCAGUAGUAGUAGUAGUAGUAGUAGUGGUAGUAGUAAUAGUAGUAGUAGUGGUAGUAGUAGUAGCAGCAGCAGUAGUAGUAGUAGUAGUAGUAGUAGCAGCAGCAGCAGUAGUAGUAGUAGUAGUAGCAGCAGCAGCAGUAGUAGUAAUAGUAGUAGUAGUAGUAGCAGCAGCAGCAGCAGCAGCAGCAGCAGCAGCAGUAGUAGUAGUAGUAGUAGUAGUAGUAGUAGCAGUAGCAGUAGCAGUAGCAGUAGCAGUAGCAGCAGCAGCAGCAGCAGUAGCAGUAGCAGUAGCAGUAGCAGUAGUAGCAGUAGCAGUAGUAGCAGCAGCAGCAGCAGCAGCAGCAGCAGUAGCAGUAGUAGCAGUAGCAGCAGUAGCAGUAGCAGUAGUAGUAGUAGUAGUAGCAGCAGCAGCAGCAGCGGCAGCAGCAGCAGUAGUAGUAGUAGCAGCAGCAGCAGCAGCAGCAGCAGUAGUAGUAGUAGUAGUAGUAGUAGUAGUAGUAGUAGCAGUAGCAGCAGCAGCAGCAGCAGCAGCAGUAGUAGUAGCAGCAGCAGCAGCAGCAGCAGCAGCAGCAGCAGCAGCAGCAGUAGCAGCAGCAGCAGCAGCAGCAGCAGCAGUAGUAGUAGUAGUAGUAGUAGUAGUAGUAGUAGCAGCAGUAGCAGCAAG